AUGUUAAAUAAUCGUAAACGAAUAAUUGAAUGUAUACGAACACCAAUUCAUUUAUUAUUACAAGGAGAAACAGGUGUAGGGAAGAGUAGUCUUAUUCUUGAUGUUGCUGCUGAUUUAAAGAAGCCAUUAAUUCGUUUUAAUCUUUCAUCAAAAACUGAUAUUGCUGGUUUAUUCGGAUCGGUUAAAUUGAAAACAACUAAAAGUCUAAAUGAAAAUCAACAAGAAAUUGAAUUAGAUUAUGAAGAAGGUCCAUUUACAACGGCUUAUCGUUAUGGUCAUUGGCUUCUAUUAGAUGAAAUGAAUUUAGCACCACCAAAUGUUCUUCAAGCUAUUGAACAAGCACUUGAAUCAGGUGUUCUCAUUCUACCAAAUAUUGAAGAUGAUCAAGAACAAAGUCAAACAAAACAAAACUAUCGUUCCUAUCAAAUGCAUCCAGAAUUUCGUCUUUUUGCUACACAAAAUCCAUCAACAGGUCAAUAUAAAGGUGCACGUGAUAUACAAUCAACUGCAUUAUUAAAUCGUUUCAGUAUUUUUAUUGUUGAAGGACCAAAAAAUGAUGAAUUAGCUGAUAUUGUUACAAAUAAAUUACGCAAUGAAAAAUUUCCUUUUGAAACACAAGUUAAACAAAUGGUUAAUUUACAUUUAGAGAUAAUGAGUCGUAUUAAAGAUAACGAUUUUAAAGAACGAAAUAGAAAUUAUGCUGAAAUAACUAUUCGUGAACUUUUUCGAUGGUGUCAAAGUUUAUGUGAUUAUGAAAAAUUGUUAAUGAAAAUUUCUGAAACUGUCAAAAAUCUUGACGCACAAACAUUCAAUCAAAUUAUUAGUGAACAAGCAUAUGCUAUUUAUGGAUUACGUUAUCGUGAACGACAAAGUCAAAUACAAAUCGCAUCAAUUAUUGAAAAUUUGUUUCAUCGUAGUCCUUUAUCAACAUCAAAAUUAUCUAUUCAAUAUCGAGGAAAUAAUACUAUUACUUUUCUAUCAGAAAAACGUCUUUUAUUACAAAUGCCAACGAUUACUCUUGAACGUGUUCUUCAUGAUUGGUCAUUACAUAUUGCAAAACCGGGCAAUAAUCAAGAAAUUGAAAAAUUACUUAAAAUUCAUAAUUAUUUUUUCAAAUAUUUUCAUAAUGGAUCAAUAACUCACAUUUAUGAUUGUUCAUAUACUUUAUUUUGGUCUAUAAUUGAAAGACGAUAUACAAAUGAUAUGACUCCAUUGCCUGAAUUACUCGUUGAGAUCUAUACUAGUCUAUGUCGAAAUGAAAAUCAACGACAGGAUAUUGUAAAAUAUAUUUCAGCAGAAUUUCGAGAACCAGAAUCUUUUCUUUCAAAUUCUGUUUCACCACUUUCGUCAGCUCGUGCAUCAUUCUAUCUUGAUGAUGAAGCAAAUCGAAUUGCACAAUUUAUUUUAGGAGCAUCAUCAUCACAACCAAUUCUUAUUGUUGGUCCAGAAGGAUGUGGUAAAAGUCAUCUUGUUCAAGCAAUUGCUACAUUAACAAAUGUUCGUUGUCAACAUUUAUAUUUAACACCACAAACUGAGCCAGCUGCUCUUGUCGGUUCUCUUGUACCACACCCAAAAUUACCGCAAUGGCAUGAUGGAGCUGUAAGCGAAGCAAUUGCAAAAGGUCAUUGGUUAAUUCUUGAAAAUUUUUCUGAAGCAUCAUCAGCUGUUCUUGAACGUUUAAAUCCUGUUCUUGAACAACCACCACAAUGGGUCAAAGUUGAAAAUAAUGAAACAGAACCUGUUCAAGUUUCACCUAAUUUUCGUAUUAUUGCUACAAUGUCUCCGCCUACUGGUCGAUUACAAAAUGCUUCAAUUGAAACAAAUCAUGAACUUUCACCAGCAUUAUACAACCGAUUUUUAAUUAUAAAUUAUCAAGGUUUAAAUCUUUCGUUAAAAGAUACUUACAAAAAAGUUUUUAUAUCAUAUUUUCCAACAAAUGACCAGCAACUUGUUAAUUAUCUUUGUGAAGAAAUUCAAUCAGAAAACAUGACACCAAGGCAAUUAGUUCACUUUAUUGAUUGUGCUUUUAAAUUAAAACAUUCAGAUGUGACAACAAAACUUAAUUUAGAUUUACCAUCAGUAUUACUUUCAGCUUAUGAACUUGUAUUCAAUAUUGAUUCAACAACGACAACAACAACUGCAAAUAUUAAAAAAUAUUUAGAAACACAAGCAAAACAUGGUUCGGUUAAUUUCUUUGAUUUAUCAGCACCUAUUGAAGUGCGUAAAAAGCAUCAAGAACAUAUUAUUGACCCUAUUUCAACACCAACACGAUAUGAGGCAGCUAAACGUCUAUGUGCAUCAAUCAUUUGUUCACGACCGGUUCUUCUCGAAGGUCCUGCUGCAACAGGUAAAACAAGUUUAAUUGAAUAUUUGGCACAAUGUAAUGGAAAAACUCUCUAUCGAGUUAAUAAUACAAAAGGUACAACUGUUCAAGAUUAUUUCGGUUCAUAUAUGCCUAAUGGUGAAUUUCUCUAUGGUGCAUUAUCACGUGCAAUGUUAGAUGGUCAUUGGUUUGUUGCCGAUGAAUUUGAUUUAGCUGAACCGGCUGUAAUGAAUGUUUUGUAUCCGAUUUUAGAAGGUCAACAGCAUCUUACUGUUCCAAAUACAGGGCAAACAUUAAUUGCACGUGAUGGAUUUCGAUUUUUUGCUACACAAAAUGGCACGAGCUAUGUCGGACGAAAGCAAUUACCAAAAACAUUACGUUCACGAUUUUUAGAAAUUCAAUUUCAUGCAUUUACUGAAAAAGAACUUGAAUUUAUAAUAAUUGAACGAAAAUUAACAUCAACUAUAUCAGAAUCAGUUCCAGCAAAGUUUAAUGAUGAUUUGAAACGAAUAGCACCACAAAUAGCGUCUACUGUUAGUAUUCUUAAUCAAUAUAUUCAAGAAAAACAACGACCACUUUUUGGUGCAGCAAAACUCGGUUUAACAAUGCGUGAAGUAAUCAAAUGGAUUAAUCGAAAACAGCGAAAAAAUGAUGUUGAUUGGGAAGAACAUGCAUUGCGAUUGCUUGAAUCACGUGUACCAAACAAAUUCUAUGAUGAAUUUAUUCAAUGUCUUCGAAAUGAACGAGCAUUUCCAUUAUUGAUGGAUCCACAGUUUCGAGUUAAAAUUGAAAAUAACCAAAUUUCACUUCAUUGUCCACCACGUUUACCGAUAUCAUAUUCAUUUGCUGAUACAAAAAUAGCUGUUGAUUUACAAUUAUCGAAUGCACCACAAAAUUUUUUACUUUCACUUUGGCGUAUUUUUGCUGCUGUUGAACAACAUGAACCCGUUCUGCUUCUUGGUCCCACUUGUUAUAAGUCAUAUUUGAUCAAGAUCUGGUCAAAAUUAAUGGCAAAAGAAUUCGAUAUUUGUACAAUUACAUGUUCAACAUCAACCGAAACAAAUGAUCUCAUUGGAUCGAUCAGACCGUAUACGCAGGCUGACGCACUAAGUUUAUUACUCAGUUGCUUAAAUCAGUUCUGUGAACGUGUGAAAAAGAAUCUAUCAACAAGUGCUACACAAAUCGAUUAUGAUAAUUUUAAUGAUUUUUGUCGGAAUAUUAAUGGUUUUACUGAUGAUAUCGAUGAAUUCGUACGCAAAAUUAAGGAACAACAGCAACGAAAAAUAAGACCACGUCGAACAAAAAAAGCUGACAAUUCACCACCAUCCGAUACAAACACAUCGUCGGAACGUUUCAAACUUCAAACUCAAAUGAGUCAAACUGAUGAACAUCGAACGCCUGAUUUUAUACGUCUUCCAUCGAUUGAUUCAUUUCCGACGACAAUAGCAACAAUUUUGCCAUCCAGUGAAACAUUGAAAAAAACUACGACCGAUGACGAUGAAGAUGAUUUUGAAGUAAUUUAUACUUCCGAGCAAGUUUUCGAUAUGAUGAUCGAUGAUAUGAAUGAUACAGGAGAAAUUGAUCCAUUUGCAACAGAAACCAACCACGAAGAAGAAAAAGAUCCAUUUAAUAUGAUCGAAGACAAUACGAAUUCAACAAACUAUGACACUUCUGUUAUUAUCACAACGAACAAUGAACAACAAGAUGAGAUUGAUCCAUUUGCCAUUGGGCAACCACCAACAUUGUCUGAAGAAGAAUCGAUUUUGGCAUUUUUCAAUGGUACUAUAAUGGAUUCUAAAGAAACAACACUAAUGUCCACUUCAUCGCCAGAUAAUACAACUAAUCCCAUGCUUGAAGCAUUUCAAUCUGUUGAUAAUAGACUUGAAAUAAUUGUCGAACGUCUAAAUAACAUAUGUCGUCUUGCAUCAAAUGAAAAUGGUGUUCUUCUUAUUAAAAUUCGUUGUGAAAGUAUUAUUAAUGAAAUUCGUCGAGCGAUUAAACAAGGAAAAUCAAAUAUUUUUCUAUUUCAAGAUGGUCCUGUUACUACUGCAGUUAAAGAAGGUAAAAUAUUAGUCUUAGAAGAUAUCAAUGAACCAUCGCAAGCUGUUAUUGAACGUCUAAAUAGUUUAUUUGAAACUGAACCAUCCUUUAUUCUUUAUGAAGACUUUACUGCUCAAGAAUCAACAACAAGAACAACAAAUGUGAAUCCACAGCGAGCUAAAAUUCCUAUUUUACCAACAUUUCAAGUAUUUGCUACAGUGCAUACCGAUGAGAAAACAGAAAAUCGUUUACAAUUGAGUGCAGCAACUCGAUCACGAAUGACAGAAAUACGUGUUCAAUCAUAUGACACUAAGGAAUUGAAGCAAUUAGCAAUAAAAUCAAAAUUAAAUUCUACUGAUGAUAAAAAUAUUGAAUCGAAAAUGACUCCAAUAAUUGAUAUUCUAGCUGAUCAACUUGCUCCAUUAUUAGCUCAAACAAUGAAAAUUGAUGCAUUAGAUUCACGUCAUUUUGUUCGUUUUGGUGAAUGUUUACGCUUACAUAUUGAACAUAUGCCAAUUGAGCAAGCAGCUGCAAUUUGUGUUAAAUUUUUAUUUCUUGAUAGUGUUAAUGAAGCUAAGAAAUCAUCAAGUACAAAUAUAGAAAAAACGAAUACAAUAUGGCAAAAAGUACUUGAUGCAUUCAAAUGUACAAAUGAUUUAAUUACAACCGAUGAAAAACUUGAAAAAUCCGGUGUCUAUGCACAAUUAGAUGAAUGGUGUGCUGUUGAAGAAAUGACAAUCUUCGAUCAAGAAAAAAGUCAAACACGAAAACAUUGGGGUUUACGUCUCUUAUCUAAUCAACUAAUAGCUCCUUUUGCACCACAAAUAGAAACAAGACCCGAUAAUCUAAUAUUUCCACUUGCUUUAACAAAAUCUGUUUUAAAUAAUAUUUCACGAAUCAUAUUUUCAUUACAUUCAUCUAAUCGACAAUUACUUGCUGGUCCGCCAGGUGUUGGCAAAACAAAAAUUAUUGAAGUUCUAGCUAAAAUGUUAGGAUAUGAUGUUGUUCGUAUUAAUUUUAGCAGUAAUACAACAUUUGAAGAUCUUAUUGGUUCAUUUGUACCACGUGUUAUUAAUGGACAACGAUCAUUUGAAUUUCAAGAAGGACCACUUUAUAAUUCAUUGAAUAAAAAUCGUCAAAAUACAGUUAUUCUAUUCGAUGAAUUGAAUUUAGCACGUAAAGAAUUAUUAAAUCAAUUGACGCCAUUAUUUGCUAAUGAAAAGGAAUUGUUUAUACCAGCAUUAGCAAAGUCAAUUCCAAUUGAUGGUUCAAUUAUUGUUGCGGCCAUGAAUCCGGCAUCGAUUGGUGGUGGUCGAGAAAAAUUACCUCGAUCAACUCAAACUCAUUUUAUUCAAGUUCAAUUAGCUGCUUUUGAAGUACAUGAAUUGAUGUACAUUACAAUAGCAUUACUACGUUCACAUCUCGAUGCGAAUUAUUUAACGAGUACAUUAGUUGAAAAAAUUAAUCAAUUUCAUUAUGAAAUAAGUGAAAAGGCUCGGCUAAGACAAAUCGGACGACUUGGUGGACCAUAUGAUUUUAAUUUACGAGAUAUUGAAAAAUUAUCGAAUUUAAUUGGUGCACAUUCGUUAACUCAUCGUGCUCAUAUGAGUCUUUCAGAAGGUACAACACCAACAAAUAAAGACGAUGAAAAUAAUCUAAGUAAAAUUGAAGAACAAAAUAUUAUUCGUAGUCUACAUGUUUAUCUUGAUAUUGUUUAUGCAUCUCGAUUUGAAUAUGUUCAAGAUCAAAAUUUAGUUCGUGAAAUGAUACGAAAUCAUUUUCAAUUAGAUACGAAUACUUCAGUUCAUAAUCAACAAGAUUUGAUUGAUAGUGAUUUAAAUCUUCAAGGUUAUGCCCGUCUUGGAUUUGUCUAUAUUGAAAAGAAAGAAUAUCAAUCAACUUAUCGACCUUUAGUUCAUAGUCAACGAACAUUAGAAAGAUUACAAUUACUAGCAGCAGCUACAGUUAGUAAAGCAACUGUUUUAAUUGAAGGUGGUGAUUGUUCAGGUAAAACAGCAACUGUUUGUGAAUUAGCUCGAUUAUGUGGACGACGAUUACUUGUUCUUAAUUUAAAUCAUGAAACAACAACAUCAGAUUUACUUGGUUCAUGGACAGUUAUCAAUAAAAAUUCGUACGAAAAACGACGAAAACAAACUAGUGAACAAUUACUCAAUGAUAUUGUUCGUUUUACAUUAGCAGUUCUCAUACCAUUAUCACAGCAAUUUUAUGAUGCAGAAAAAUUGAUUCGAACAAUUAUAAAUUUGAUUCAUCAAUGGGAACAUGAGAAGAGUGAUCAAGCUCAAAAUGCUUUUCAAGAAUGUCAUUUAUUACUGGAAAAUGAAUUGGAACGUGCAAAUCGAAUACAUAGCGAAACAAUUGCAGAAGAAAUUGAAAAAUAUUUGGAUACACUCGGUCAAAUUGAAGAUGAAUUUAAAUUGGUAAAAAAUCUUGGUGAAGGACUAACGUUUGCUUUCAAUAAAGGGCCUUUAAUACAAGCUAUGGAACGUGGUGAUUGGAUUCUUUUAGAUAAUAUUAAUUGUGCACGUGGAGAUGUUAUUGAACGUCUAAAUUCCUUGGCCGAAGCUGAACCAACAUUAACAUUAUAUGAAUCAGCAACAUCCCAGCAAUAUUGUCGUGGUAAUGGCAUACAUAAAGAUUUUCGUUUAUUUGUUAUUGCAAAUAAUAAUCGAAAAAUGGCGAAUAAAUUAUCAAGUGCUUGGCGAAAUCGAUGUUUAAUCAUUCGAAUGCAAGCGUUAGAUGAUGAAUUAACUGUAGACAAUGUUGAACAACAUGAUCUUGCUGAAAUUAUCAAAGGUGAAUUACAAGGUAUUAAUGGUGGACAAGAAUUAACGCAUACUUUGUUACGUGUACAUGCCUCAGCAAAACAAUUAUCAAACGAAAAAGAACUUCAAUUCAUUCAAUCAUAUCAAUUAUCUUAUCAAAAUGUAAAACGUUCUGCGCGUAUACUACGAACAUAUGUCUCAAAUAGACAUGAUCCAGUAUUUUCUUUAAAACCAGCAAUCUUUCGAAGUUAUCUCGAUCCCAUACUGAAUAAUAAUGGAAAAUGUUCUUUAAUUAAAGCCUUUGUUCAACAUCUAUCAAAUAAUGAAUUAAAAAAAACAUCAUUUUCAACAUUACCAAUGUUAACAUCAAUCAUGGCGAUCGAAGAUCAACAACAAUUAACGACUUGGUAUAGAUCAUCACAAAAUCUUCAUGAAUUAAUUGCAUCUAUUGAAGAAUGUACAAUUGAUAUUAAUUUGAAAAUAAUAAAUCAUCAUAUGAAUGAUGAUAUUAGUGCCAAACCAGAAUUUAUUGAUUAUGGCUUAUUUCUACUAGAUUAUCUACAACCUUUACUUAAAUCCAAAGAAGAAAAUGAAUCCGAUGAUGAACUCUAUACUCAAGCAUCAACUAUUCGAUUAAAAAUUCUAUCAAAUGAUGAUCAACAAUCGACAACACAUGGCUUUGAUUUGAAAAAAUGGUCAUCAAAAGCUUAUCGAUAUUUACAAUCAACUAAAAUUCUACUGUCACUUGAUAAUAUGGAAGAUUCACUGAAUUUAUUAGGCAUAAGUGUCAAAGAAUGUUACAAGCAAACUCUUGAAUUUGUCGAACAAACAUCAUUUACUGAUGCUCAAUAUCGUCUUAUCGAAUUACAACAAUUGAAUAAUACAAUACAUCAACUAACAUCAUUAUCAAAAAAAUUACAGUUUGUUUGCAAAUUAUUGAGAUCAUCGAAUAUACUCGAUUGGAGUGGUAAAAUUCAAGAUUAUUUAAAUAUACUUUUAAUUACUGAAACAUACAUUAAAUGGGUCGCUUUUCCAUGUCAACCAAUGGCUAAAAAUGAUUUGCAUAUUCUUUUACAAACACAAGAAUUUAUUCGUCAACAUAAUCACACAAAUACGGAUGAUGAUGAUAAUGAAUUUAAUUCAGCUUUAAAAUUAAUUAAUGUACAUUUACAAAAGGUACAAUCAAUUCCAAUAAUUUCAUCGGCCGAUCAACGAUUAGAUAUUAUGUUAAAAUUAUGUCAAUAUUUAUCAACAAUGAAAGAAGAUAAAUAUAUUUUAUUAGCUGCAUCCAAAUUAGAAUUAAAUGUUGCUUGUAAAUUAACAAUGAAUCUUUUAAUUAAACCUGAUUUUAUUGAAAAAAUGGAUGAACAACAAAGUUUAUUAAAUUCUUCAAAUUUACUUGCUAGUUUAAAUUCACUUUAUUUUAUUCAUAAAAUUCUUCAUGAUAUUGAUGUUGAAAUUGCAUCAUGUCAUGUUCAACUCGAUCAAAUUGGAGAUCGAUAUGAUUCGGAAAAAAUUAAAUUGGUCGAAAAUAUGGAUGAUCUUAAUAUUAAAAUCGAAGACAUUCAUAAGAGAAGACGUCGCCUACUCGAAACUCAACUAAGCGUAGAAGUCGAUAUUGAGAACGAAUUAGCUCAAGCUGAAAAGGCCGAAGUAAAAUUAGAUGAGACAAGAUCAAGACAUUUGACGGCAAUGAAAAAUAUUGAAUCCUUACAUGAAAAUAUCAAUACUUUAUUUUUACCUUUAAGAGAACGUUUAAAACAAUUCGAAGCGAAUGGAUGGUUGCAAGCUAUUCGUAAUUAUGGUCGACGACGACAAGAAAAUAUUGUUCAGGAAUUAUUUGAUAACAUAUUACGAAUUUAUUUAAAAGAAUAUGAAUUAAAUCAGACAUAUUCAUCAUCGAAUAAGAUCGAUGAUGAACGUAAACAAUUGAAAUCUGAUGUUCUUCGACAAUAUGUUUUUAAUAGAGUUAAUAUUGAUGAUAUUCAAACAACACAUGGACGUUCAUGUCUUGCUCUAAUGCAACUGAUCUAUCCAGAUUUAUUUCAACAAAAUAUUUUAUUAUAUAUCUUAAAAGAAGAAACAUUAUUAUCAACAAUUAGUAAAUGUUUAGAUACAGAUAAUUCCAUUGAUAUUAUUAUCAAUGUACAAUUAACAAAUUUUCUUCUUAUUGAUAAACGUGCCUAUAAUCGAUAUUUGACAAAUGAAUCCGGUAUAGCUUAUUUAAAUGAACAAUUGAUUAUACGUCAUUAUGUCAUUGAUCAUGGAGCUGGUAUAAUAACAAUUGAAAAUAGUUUUCUUCAACUAAUCGAACAAAUCGAAAAUGAAGUGAAACAUCGAUCCAUGAAUACAGAAAUAGAUAUACAACGAAAAUUAAUUCAAACUGAUAUUGAUGAUGAUACAAUAUAUUUUGUUUUACCUUGUGCAUUUCAACAAAUAUUUCAACAUCAAACUCUAAUCGAUAAUGAAAAUUUAUUGAUCGAACAAAAGCAUGUACAACAAUUAGAUCGAGAUAUUCAAGGAUGGAUUCAAGAACAACGACAAUCAGGUACAAUUCGAAAUGAACAACAAAUCUAUCAAAGUUCAGUUGAAAAUAGUAUUCGAGAAGACAUAACAUUUUUCUUAAAUAUCAUUGAUCAAGUUGAAUCAAUUGUAGCGCAAACAUUAGCAUCGAAAGAUAUGAAUAUUAGACAACUUGCUAAGGCAGUUAACAAAACAAGAAUUGAUUUAGGAUAUCAAGUAAUAAAAAGACUAGAAAAAAAAUUAGAUGAAACAUUACACAUGUGUAUACCAAGAGAGCCAAUCGCUAAAGCACGUACAUUAGCUAUUGUUGAAGCCAACCAAUUCCGUUAUCCUGUUUUAACUCAAUUAAAACAAUAUCUUGCUGAUUCUGAAACUAAAUUUCAUGCAUUCAUUUCGACAUUUAUCGAUCGUAUUCAUAUGAUACAGGCAAAAUUAUUACAAAUCAUUCUACGUCAUCAAUCGAAUAUAAAUGAAAUUGACCUUUACAUUAAAUCCCAUCAAAUAUCUAAAUUAUUAAUUACAAUUAUCAAAUUUGUCAUGGAUAGUAUUGAUGGUUAUGGUCUUAAAAUAUCGGUUCAAAAUUUUUAUGAUAAUAUUCAAAAUUUCCAUAAUGAAAUUCUCAAACAUGCUGCAUAUUCACAAUUUAAACCGAUUGAACAAUUAACAAUAGAUGAAAUAAAAGCUCUAACAUUUUUUACAAAAACCGAACUUGACGACGCUAUUCAACAUGUUACAUCAAUUGAAAUAACUCCAAAAGUACAACCAUCGAUUUAUCAACCAACAUCGACAAUUAUUAAAAAAGAUGCUGAAGAAACGAUGCUCGAUCGUCAAAAUGAAGAAUUAUCGAAAAUCGAAAAAGAACUAGAACAAUUACGACAAUUGGCGAAACAGAAUGGUCUUUCGAAAAUACAAUAUGCAAUUGUUAUGUUACUCAUGGAAUUAAAUGAAAUAAAACGUAAUAAAACUAUAUUGAACGAAGUUAGUUUAUUACAUUGGCGUAAAUCACCAAAACAAUUACAACGACGAAUCGCUAGCGAGUGUAUUGAACAUAAAAAAUCUGAUGUUUUCAAUAUUAAACGUGUAAAACAUGAAAAAUCAAUGGAUAUUACACCAGAAAUGAUUGCUAAAACGGUGAAAACUACAGCUGAAAAUCAAUAUCAUUUUUCCGAUGACGAACGAAACAAUCUUUUUACUCUAGUUAAAACUUUAACAGAUGAAACAUGGUCAGAAAAUGAUUUGGCAUUAGAAUUUUUAAUUGAAUACUUUCAUCAACAAACAUUUGAAUCGAUGUGGACAAAUGUUGAAAAAUUGAUCUAUGAUCUUUGCUUACCAAAUGAAAAUAAUUCAUCAGCACAAUCGAUUAUUGAGAAUUUGAAAUCACUUAUGGCUAUGUUUAUCUUUCUUGAUUCAACUUCAUUGGCCGAAAUAUGCAAAGAAUUAUUACAAUUCUGUCAAGAACAUGCAAAAGAUCAAACCGAUCGUUUUCAUUUACCAGCACCGAAAUUAGAACAACUCCGAACAAAAACAUUAGAAAAUGCUAUUCAACAACGAUCAAUUCAAUUACAAAAAUUAAAUCCUUGUGACAAACGUAAUCUCAUGUCGAUAACAUCAGAUGAUCAAGAUAUUCAAGCAUAUGAACUAAUACAUGUUUAUCCACGUCUUGUUCGGCUCUACAAACGGCAUGAAGCUUUAACAAAAAUUUUACAUGAUCAAUCAAAUUACAAUAAGUUGAUAGGCAUUCAAUUAUCCUAUGUUCGUUUAUCCGAUUGUAUUGCUUUGCUCUUUCCUGAACUAACAAUACUCUUCAUGGGAUCACUUCAAUUGGAUAAUUUUGAUUUUAAAAAUGUUCAACAAUUACAAAAUUAUUUGAAAAACGACGAAUUUCGAACAUCGAUUAAAAUAUUAUAUGAAAGGCGUUUCGUCUUAAAAAGUGAUGCAUCAGAAACUCUAUCGCUACUUUCCUAUGAUCAAACAACAGCAAGCAAAAUACUCAUUGAAUCAAUUGACACUAUUGUUCAUCAAAUGGCACAAGCUGCUGACAGUUUAGACAUUCAAAAUUAUUGGUUUCAUCAAUUGUCCGAAAGUAAUGAAUAUCAUUCAUUUUUUGCACUUGAAGUACAAUCGCUCUUGAGUAAAUUAUCUGAUGAAAUGCAAGAUAAUCUAUUGAAAUUGACGAACCAACUUGGUACAAGUGGUACUUUAAAGGCUACAAAUUAUUUGAAAUUUUCUGAUUCUAUUGUUCAUCAAUAUGAUCAAGAUCUUCAACGAUGUAAAGCUAGAAAAGCUACAAUUGAAAAAGAGCUAAGUACAUUAUCAUCCAAUCAUUGGAAUCGACGACAACUAGAAAUUGACGAGAGAGAUGCUCGUAACGAAUGCAUUAGAAUCGAGCAAGAUUACCAGAGCAAGUUGAAUAAAGAAGCUCUUAAACAAAUUCGUCAACUUAUGGAAAUUAAUCGUCUAUUACAAGUUAAAGGCAAUCAUUUAGCAACACAAAUCAUAGAAAAAAUCGAAAAUAAAAAACAAACAACGAAUGAAUCUCAAGAAAAACGACGUUUAAUUACAUCAAGUGAAUUUUAUGAAUAUUUAUUACAAUCGAAAUCAGUCUUAAUCAAAUUGGAGAAAGAAGAAUUCAGCCAACUGAGAUCACGCGUUAUUGAAUUUCUUGAUAAUACAAACAAAGAAUUGACACAAUCCUACAAAGAUUUUGAUCAGGCUCUUUCAUGGCUCACAUCAGAUAAUAACCUAUAUCAAAUAUUUUAUCGUUUUAGUCUUGCUUACAAAUUAAUACACACUCAAUUAUUUAAUUCCAUACAAAACUGGUUACAUGAUAUGGUUAAUCAACGAAACUCAUAUGGAAAAGAAAUCGAAAAGACUAUUGAUCAAACAAGUGCCCUUGUUUCUAACACAUUAGAUAUUGUUCUGUCGAUUGUCGAUGCACCACAGAUAACAUCGAUCGCUAUGACCAUGAACAUACUGCAUCAUAAUAUAAAAGAACUCAGUCAAGCUGCUUUUCAAAUAGAUAAAUUUGCAGAUGAUGCACGAGUUAUUUACUCGUGCAAAGUCCUCUCAAUUCUACUACAUCAUUGUUCCAGUGUAUAUGGACGGAUGGCAAUAUUUCUCGUUCAACUUUUUAAAACACAACAAAGCAAUCCAUUAACAUUGGCACAAUUGAAAACAAUGAAAAUCGAAAUUGACGAUCAUUCAUAUGAAUGGGAUGAUUGCAUAAAAAAACUGUUGAGUUUAAGCGGAUUUCGUGAACGGAUAGAUCUACCUGGUACAAGUUUACCUGUUGAUGAAUAUUCAUUAAAAGAAGUUCACAAAAAUCUAGUUUAUGAUUUCUCUCUAAUACGACAUAGCUUAAAACUCCGAUAUACACAUACCUUUGGUGAUAUUUGUUAUAAUCCAGUCGCAAUUAUUGAUGACUUGGAAAGAAAAAUGAAAGGACUCAUAGAAAUCGGUGAUUGGAGUGACAGUGGACGUAUUGUAGAAUCAACACCAAAAACAAAUCCAUUAGUUCAAGUCAGUUACAAUUUAAAUGUUCUUGUUCAUAAUACACAAUACUUAAUGACAAAAAUUCUUGAAAAUAAGACCGAUAAAUUGGAGCUGGAAACAUUGAAAAAUAUUCAACCAUUUCUAACAAAUUUAAAAAUGGCGAUUCAUCUAUCAUGUUCAUCAUCUCUUGAUACAAUGCACACCGAAUUCUUAGAAUAUAUUCAUAAUGAUCAAUUAGAUUUGUUAUUAGAUCAAGGACUUAUGGUCAUCAAAUGUUUAUACAAUGAACGAAAGAAAUUAGUCGAACCAUUGGGUCACAUACAAUCGGUAUUGGAAAAUUUUGUCGAUCAAUUUAUCUUAUUUUUUAUUCAAUUACUUCAACAACAGCAACAAAAACAAAUCGAUUCUCUUCAAAAGCAAUACAACACUACAAUGACAACUCGUUUAGAUCUCAAAGAUAUCUAUUUACUUGAAACUUUAUCAAAAACAAAUUUAAUGCGUCAUCUUCGUCAUAUUGAAAAUAUCGAUGAACAACUCGAUUGGUACAAUCAAUUAUCACAAUUUCUCGUUCAAGGUUGGUCACAAGCAUCACGUAUACUUCGUUCAUUUGCUGCACCGACAACAAGCAAUCAUGAUUCAACUUCAAAGCGAUUACGUUAUUCAUUUGUUUUCAAAUUAUUAAAUGAUGAAGGACAACAAAUACUUGUAUUUCUACAGCAAACAAUUGGUCAAUUAAAAGUAAAAUAUCCUCAAAUAGAAAUGCUUAAUGAUGAGCCCGUUAUUGUUUAUCUUAUUCGUUUGACAAAAUUACUUCGCUAUGAAUUAUUAAGAAUGUCAACAAUGAAUUUAAAAGAAUUGAAACUCAAUUUGAAUAAUACAGAUCGUCUUAUGCUACGACCAAAUGCACAGCAAAUCAAAUCAAUAAGUAAUGAAUGGACUAAAGAAAUCGAUCUAUUAUUAGCACAACGAAAAAAAAUCAAUGAAAGUUGGAUAAAACAAACAAUAGAGAAGUAUUUGAGUCGAGUUCGAACCAUUGAAGAAGAAAAUAAACGUUCAAAAACUGAUUAUGAUCUCAAAUGUAAACAAGUUCAUGAAAGAAUUGAACGUAUAAAACAACUUUCAAUUGAUAUUGUGAAAGAUAUCAAACUCAUUGGACAACUUUUACAUGAAGCUAAAUUUAAAUCAAACAAUUUCGAUAUAGAAAAUGCCGAUAUAUUGUUCAAUGAUACAGUACAAAUUGUAAGACAAUUAAUAAAAGCUCAACAACUAAUUCCGAAACAAUGCCGAUUGGAUGAUGAUAAAGAAGGAAAAGAUCUGAUGAAUAUGCUAUGUCUAGAUUCGAUUCGUAUCGAAGUUACAAGUGUCGAAUAUCAAGAUGAUACACCAAAACAUAAAACUUGGAGUAUUUUUCCCACGAAUUGGGAUAGUCGAAUUCAACUUGUUCGAAAAGGGGAUGAUAAAGAAACAAUCGAAGGCACUCCAAGGCCAUUGGAACACACGAUAAGAUCAAAAACUGUGAAUGAUUUAUUUGUACAUUCAAUACCAGUACCAUCUGAUACCAGUUCUACAUCGUCGCUAAAACCUUGGGUAUUAGUAUUAUUUGCUGGUAAUGCACACAAUAAUAAAUGGACAGAAAUGGCUCGUAUACCACUUGAUUUUCUUAAUUUUUCAUCGUUUAUUGAACAAAAUAAGACAUGCCAAUUUGGAUAUUACAAGUCAAGUACAAUUACUUUGCAUCUCACACCAAUAAUCACAAUACAAGUAUUUGAUAUAUCUACCGAAGAUGUUUUUAAAAUGACAAUUGGAUCGGAAAGCACAACUGACGGAACAGUAUCAGUGAUAAGUGAAGAUCCAUAUUACAAUUUACGAACAGAAUAUCAACUUCUUACUCCAUUGGAUAGAAAGAUAAAACUUGGCAUUUGGCUAACGGAUCUCAGAAUUAAAUGUCGAGACAUUGAAAAUAUAAAGUCGUACGAAUGUACAAUACCAUCAGAACCCAAAUAUAAACCUAUACCUCCGGAAGAAAUGAAAAAUGAUGUACCAGAACUUGCAAUGAAAGUCGAUACUCAAAAAUUGAAUGUAUCAUCACCACCUACGCAUCAUUUUCUCAUGAUUCAUUUAGCUUCUAAGUAUGAACAAUUGGAUGGAACAAUUCUAAAAACAAUAAACAUAUUGAAUAACAGUCUUGAUGAUAAUGAACUCAAUCGAAUUCAACAUGGUAUUAUUCGAGGAUUUGAGUCAGCUGAUGCGUUAAAAGAAGAAAUGAAAAUUUUCAAAGAAAUAUUUCGUUUUGAAAAAUUAGAAGCUAUUCUUUCGAAACUACAUAAUACAUCAAUUGAUAUACAAAAAGAUCUACAAUCGAAUCUUGAUUUUCGACAAACAUUUCACAGAACAAUCGAAAAUUUACCACGAAAUGGAUUUCUCGUAGCCUUGUAUCAAAAUGAAGGCGUUAUAUCGAAAGAAUCUGUCGAUAAACUUUACACAUCACAAAUGCGUACAUUACUUGAACAAGCAAAUACAUUAACUCAAAAUGAACUUAAUUUCGGUGUACAAAUCCAUCAUUUUUUGAUAUUAAUUGAAUUAAAUUUCAUACAAUUAAUCGUCUAUUCACUUGAAACAAAAGAAAAUUGUGAAAGAAUAAUUAGCCUAAUCGAGACAAUAAAACAAUAUUGGCUUCAAAAAGAUCAACAAAUAUUAAUCGGUGAAAAACAAUUAGAUGCAUGUCGAAUAAUUAUUGAUGAAACAAUUACUCUUGUUCAUGAACGGAAAAAACAAAUGCGUUCAAUAACACAACAACCACCACGUAUAGUUAAUCUAAAUGAAAUAAGUAAAGCUGUUAAUGUUAAAUCACUUGUACGAUCGACUGGUUCACCAUCGACUAGUAAAAUCACAAUUAAUAAACAGAAUGGUGAAUACUUUGCAUCACAUUCAUCGAUUGUUAUACACAUUGAACAAAUUGUUCAAAAUUGGUCUUAUGCACAAUUACGAAUGAAAACCAUCGAAAUUAUUAAUAAUAGCGAUGAUGAGAUUGAUUUCGAACUUUUAUCAGUUUCAAAAGAACGUUCUUUAUCCGUAUUUAUUAUUCAUAAUUCGCUAUCUGUUGUCGCUCCGAACGACUCAAAUAGUAUCAAAAUUACCCCGAAUGCUCAAGCUAAUGAAGAUAAAUAUCGAGAAGAAUGGGAACUAAAAUUAGCAAAUAAUCGAUUGAGCAUACCAGUGAUGAUUUGUUGUGAAAUAAAGCAAUUUUAUAUCGCCAUCGAUCUACCAUUGAUGACAACAACAACAACAACUGAUGAUCGACAGUCAAAUCAAAUAAAAACGUACGUCAUUGAUUUUGGAGUUGUUCUUGCAUGUCCUCAAGCGCAUCAACAACGUUCAUUUACUAUUGAAAAUCCAAUGUCAAUUGAUCUUCGUGUUAAAUUACGUCGAGAAAAUGGUGCAACUGGUAUAUUUGAAAUUGAUAAUAAAAAUUCAAGUUUUUUUCUCUUUGCAUAUGAAUCAAAAACAUUAACAAUUGAUUGGAAUAUUCAAGAUACUGUUCAAGAUGCAAAAUGUAUUUAUGAAAUUUAUUUCAGUAAAGAUUUAAAAUAUCGAAUUUUAUGUUUGGGAAAAAUACGCCAGAUCUCAUAUGAUCUUAUCUAUAAAUCUGUUACUCUAACUGAAAAACAAUUUCGUGCAGAGUUACAACCAUGCCUUCCCGGUACGAUACGUUAUGAAGAGUUGAUCAUACGGAAUACAGGUGAAGUUAAAAUGACAAUGGAAUCGAAAGCUGAAAAUUCAUCAACAGCAGUGGUUGCUAAUUUAUCACACAAGCAAGCUGUACUUGAACCGAAUACAUGUGUAACAUUAAAAAUUGAAUUACAAGUUAAAAAUUCACAUCGAUCUAUCGAAAAUCUUAUCAAUUUACAUUUUCUUCGUGCCACACGGCGACCAGAUUUCAAAUUAAUACUAAAAACAACAGCUGGUUGGCCAGAAUUAGAUAGAGAUCUACUCAAUCCAUUAAAGAAGAUGGAUGUCGAAGAAGAAGUAGAGGAAAAAGAAGGUCAAAUUAUUCUUUUGAAUAAAGGUCCAGUUGAAAUGUUGAUCGAUUAUUUACAUUCGAUAUCGCCACAUGUCAUAAUUGAGACUCACACUUUGUUUCCAUGUACAAUUUUACCUCAACAAAAAACUGAAUAUCAUUUUAUUUAUAAAGUUCAAAAGAAAUUAGCCGCAUUCGAUUGUGAAUUCGUUCUAAAAACUAAUUGUGAACAACCAAUUCAAAAGAUUCCAUUCUCUUGUAAACGAUUAGCUCCAAUAAUCUCAUUUGAUCAAAAUAUUCUUCAUUGCGGUACAACAAAACAAGGUUCAAGAAUUGAAUCAUUUAAGAUUACAAUAAAAAAUGAUGGUUAUGAUCGUGCUCAAUUGGAAUACGAAGCAAAAGAAAAUCCGAUAUUUUCAUUUAAAAUUGACAGUAAUUCAGCUAGUAUAGCAAUAGCUUCACUUCAAUCUCGACAAAUUACAUGUAUUAUAGAAAUUCAAAAGAAAGCUCCUCUAGGAAAUUUUCGAAUUGAUGUACCACUAGCAAUUCGUUCAUCAAGAAAUGUAUCUAAGAAAUAUAAAUUAAUUGUUACCGGUCGAGUAGAAAUGAAAGAAGAACACAAAGAGAAAAUUAUGCCAAUUAAUCUUCCAUCAUUAUCGAAAUAUAUCCUACAAUCAGAAGUUCAAAAAAGACUGAUGAAUUUAUUAGAAAAUAAUACAAAUCUAUACCAACAACGAGCUGCAACUGCUCUUGCUCCAAUAAUUAUCCAACUCAAUGGUUUAAUAAAUUCCGAUCCGAAACAUUCCGAUAUUCCAGACAAUUUAACAUGUGAACCGAUUCUAUCAGCGAUCGAAUCUAAUGAACAACCAAUAACGACUUAUACAAAUACAAUUUAUGAAAGUAUCAAACAAACAUUUGAUUCCUUCUCUAGAAAAAAAUGGAGUAAAUUGCAUGACAAUAUUCAUAAGAUAUUGAAUGAACAAUUGACUAGAGCAAUUACUGGUACAGAAGGAAAGACCGAAGCCGAAAAUCUUUUAUUGGCAAUGAAUUGUGCAGAAAAAUUAUCGAUUCUAUUCGAAGAACAUUCACGAAACCCUAAUGAACAAAUUUUAGGACGUUUAUUGGAAUUCGAAAAGAGUAUUCUCAAAGAUAGAGACAAUGAACAAACAAUUAAAAAACGUUUACUUGAUUAUGCAUCGGAAUUAGUGAUGAAUCAAGAUGAAACACAAAAAUUAUCGAGUAAAGAAAAGCAACAAGUAAAACUGAUGAUGAAUAAAGUUAUUAACACCGUACAAAAUCUAGAAGAAACCAAUAAUCCCGCACAAGCAUUUAGAAAUCUUCUACCAGACAUGACCACAGAAACAAAUCGAAAUCCAAUCAAAUUUCUUGAUCAAAUAUUACAAUUAGCAUCGGAUGAAAAGCCUGUCAAUGAAAAAAUUAUUAUGCAAAAAAUGUAUGAAUGUGAUUUACCAUUAGGUGAUACUCAACUAGUCACACAAGCUAUCGCAGCAUCAGACGCUACGCUUUCAGCGAGUUCUGUAUUUGACUAUAUUCAAACACAAUUAGAUGAUACUAAUGAAUCAAAUAAUGCUGUGGAAUUCAUGAAAUUAAGUGAAAAACUUUCCCAUGACGAUUAUCAGCCAUCAGCCAACGAUCUGUUAACGUUACCGUGUGUUCUCGCCUCAUUAUCUUCUGAUUUAAAUCCAGUUGGGCAAGAAACACUUCAUGGUUUACAACGUCUCAUUUCAAAUUUAACACAUGGAGUUAAACGAACAGGAGAUAAUAAUCGUGAUUGGACAAAGUUUAUUGAUGAUUUAUGUACAACACUCAAACCACAUCUUGAUCCAAUAAUUCUCGAUUCAUUAAAAAUGCUGCUAAUGAUCGUCCUCCUAACAGAUCAAACAUCAUUUUGUACAAGUCAAAUCUAUAUUAAUAUUAUUUCGUCAAUGUUAAAUUUUGGAAGCGAACGUUGUCAAAUAUUGUCAUCGAAUUUGAAAAAAAUGUUUGAACAAAAAGAUCCAUUUGUGAUUUUUGAAACGAUUCUAUCGAUAACAUGUCAUUGUCGUCAAUUAAAAUCUAAACAAAUUGCAUGGAUGGAAAUUAUGCGAGAAAAACUUGCCGAAUUUCGAACACAACUUACCUCACCAGCAUCAGUUUUGAACUUUGUCGAAUCACUUGAAGAAUCUCUUUUAGAAGAAUUCAAACUAACCGAAAACAAGAAACUUCACAGUUAUUUAAUGAAUACAUUCAAUAAUAUUCAAAACAAUAACAUUGUUGAAAUAAUGCGAAACAUUUCAGAUCUAUGCGAUCUCAUUCAUCCAACGGAUAACGGAAAAGUAGCCAAUGAUGCAUUCAUUGAAAUUAUUGCAAAUAUGAAUUCAAUGACAACAAUGACACAAUUUCAAGUGUUGGAAUUAGGAAUUAAAUUAACCAGUCAUUUGAGUGAUAGUAUCGAUGAACAUACAACUCUCAAUCAUCUCAAUACAUUACUAGAGACAUAUCAAAAUUUGAUACCAAUUAUGAAUGGUGAAUUGACUCGAUCGAACAUGAAAACAUUAGUAGAUCAAACAAUUGAUUUUAUUCCUGAUGAGAAUAUGAAACAAUGUCUACGACCAAUCUCAAAAGUAAUACAUACGUUGAAUAAUAACGAAAACAUAACCAUGAAUGUUGUCACUGAACUUCUUGAUAUCAUACCUGACCGGCAAUUGUCGGAUCAUAUCAAAGGUAUUUUGAUAUCUGCUCCAGAAAUUCUCCAUGGUGAUAUUAAACAAACAAUGGUCGAUUUAGCACAACAAAUUAUUGAUACUGAACGAUUGGAUAUGUACGACAUCAGUUUCAGUAAAAUACUCGAUCAAGGCACAACUGAACCAAUUAAAGCAUUGAAAUCGAUUGCUGCUUUACUUCCAGAAGAACUUCGACUAGGAUUUAAUGCUGGUAUUGAACAAUUAACGUCUCCGAAAAUAGCUCAAGAACAAGUCGUUAGAACAAUAUCUGAUUUGUACGGAUCAGAAACCGGAAAUGCUUUACAAAUAUCGUUUAAUGUUUUGAAUUCAUUAAAGUCUGACAAAUUACAAGCAUUAAAACAGCUAUCACAAUUAUUACCAAAUGAACAUGCACAAACAAUUUUCGAUACGGUUGAACAUAUCAGUCAAUUGAAAACAUGUGAAUUAAAAGAUGUUGUUAAAACAACAUUAGAAUUAGCAUCAGUUAUAGCACCGAAGAAAACAUCUGAAAUGCUUCAAACUGUUGCUAAUGUUUAUCAGAAAUUAGUCAAUCAUGAAGAGAUCGAUGCCGUCAAAGAUGCUCUUAGACUUGUUCCACAUGUUUCAGAGCAAGCUCAUAAAAUUGUAGAUUCGUUAAUAAAACUGGCAAAACAAGACAUAACACAUGAAAAUCUUUUGGAUUGUGCAUUUAAUGCAGCUAUGGGUAUUGUGGAUGAGAAAACAGCAAGAUCAAUGGUUGUGGCACAAAAUGUUAUUAAGCAGAUACAAAAUCGUGAUCUCCAAGGUGCAGUUCAUCUAAUCGCAAAUGAAUAUUUUCCAGAAUAUACUACAAAGAUUGACACAGCUAUGACCAUCGCAAAUUCAGCUGCUCGAAUUCUUUCACAAACAAAUGAUCCUUUACAUGCAUUGAAUAAACUCUUGAACGAUGAUGAAUUAAAAUCACGUUUACCGCCAGAAAUUCAAAAAGUCUAUGGCAUUGCUCAAGAACUACGAACAAUUGUUAAUAAUAAAGAUUCAGCAAAAGAAGAAUUAACGAAGUAUGCAUUGAGGCUUGGAGCCUCAUUUUUGCCGCCAGAAUACGCUGAAAAAGUAGACACAAUGGUGAAUUUAAUUGAUUCAAUUCGAUCAAAUGAUCCACAAAAAAUACUAGAUCAAUCAGUGAACGCCAUCGGCGCUUUUCUUCCACCAGAGAUCAAUAGUGUUAUUCAACCAGUUAUACCUUUACUGCGUAAAAAACUCAAUAAUGAACGGAUAAGUUACGAGGACAUGAUCGAUGUUGCCGGUUCCAUGAUUGGUGGCAAAGGACAGCAAAUAAUAAGUGCUGCUAAACCGUUAGUAUCAGCUUUGAUCAAUGGAAAGCGUUUGUCGGCUGAUCAAUAUCUUGAUCUGGUCGGUAAUGUAAUCACUGCCAUUGGUAUCGAUAAAGAGAUUACUGAAGGUGUUUCAACUCUAAUGAAAGCAACAACGUUAGCUUCUAAAGCAGCAUGCAUCAGUUCAAUUGCAUCUGCUGCAUUAACACUACUUGUAGAGCUCAUACCUGGUAUACCGGAAUCGGUUAAAACUGCUAUUGAUGUUAUAUGCGGCAUCGCUCUGUUGUUAACCGCUACAAAUCCUGUUGGGCUUGCAUUAGCCGCUAUUGGCUUAGCUUUAACUCUCUUGGGUCUAUUUAGUGGAAUGGGAGGCGGCGGCUUUGGUGGUCUUGGAGGUGGAGGUGGUGGAAGUGGUGGCAGCGGAGGUGGUGGUAGUGGAGGUGGCGGAAGUGGUGGUAGCGGAGGUGGUGGUAGUGGAGGUGGCGGAAGUGGUGGUAGUGGAGGUGGCGGAAGCGGUGGAAGUGGUGGUAGUGGAGGUGGCGGAAGUGGUGGAAGUGGUGGUAGUGGAGGUGGCGGAAGUGGUGGUAGCGAAGGUGGUGGUAGUGGUGGUAGUGGAGGUGGCGGAAGUGGUGGUAGCGGAGGUGGUAGAAGUGGUGGUAGCGGAGGUGUCGGAAGUAGUGGUAGUGGAGGUGGCGGUGGCGGAAGUAGUGGUAGUGGCAGAAGUGGUGGCAGUGGCGGCAGUGGUGGUGCAGGUGGCGAUAUUGGUAGUAGUGGCGGUGGCGGCAGUGCAGGUGGCCGAAGUGGUGAUAGCGGAGGUACUAGUACUGGAGGUGGCCGAAGUAAUGGUCGCGGAAAUAGUGGUAGUGCAAGUGGUGGAAGUAGUAGCAGCGGAGGUAAUGGUGCCCGCAUUACAGGAGGAAGCAGUGGUGACGGCAGUAGUAGCACCAGCGGCGGUGGAACAAGUGACAGUACCGAUGGAAAUAGUAGCGGAGCUAGCAAAGGUGGAACAAGUGGUAGCAGUGGCGGUCAUACUAGUGCAUGCAGUGGGACUAGUAGCAGCACUACCGCACCAGGAAGUAAGACUAGUGGAAUCAGUGGUGGCACCAGUGACGGUGCAAGCACAAGUAGUACAACUAGUAGCAGUACUACCACAUCAAGAAGUAAGUCUAGUAGAACCAGUGAUGGCACCAGCGGCAGAACAAGUAGCAGCGGUGCAAGUGCAAGUAGUGGAGCAGGUGGUAGCAUUACCACAGCAGAAAGUAGAAACAGCGGUACUUCUCCAGAAGAACCUUCUGCUGGUGGUGAUUCUCUUUCAGCUGGUUCCUCGUCCACUAGAACCGACACUCCAUCACAUACUAUUCGAUCUGGAAGUCGUCAACGAGCAUCUAGAGGCCGAGCACCACGACGCAACACUUCUCGCCUUACGACCAGUGUCACUUCAACGCUAGGUGCCGGUUUAGCAGAAUCUAGUGAAACAAUACCAUCUGAAUAUACUAUUCCAGAAAGCCCUCUCUUAAUGGGUGAAACAACUCCAGAAGCAAGAGAAGCAGCAAAAAAUGAAGUGGAAACACUAGCAGGAGAAGCCGCUGAAUUAAGUCAAGAAUCGGAAAAACAAGUAUCGAAUAUAGUGAAACAAGACGAAUUAUUAUUACCGGAAACAAUAACAUGUUUAGCCACAGCAACCAUGAUUAACAAUAAAAUUCAAGCGACAAUGAAUACUAUUCAACAGAUGGCUGCAAAUAAUAUGAGACGAGAAAUAGAUAGUCUGGCUCAAACAAUCUUACCCACUGUUAUUCAGACAUCGUUACAAUUGUAUCAAUCAUUGGAGUCGAUCGAAAAAUGCUCGGGUGAUAUCAAUGGUCACAUCAAACGAAAAUGUCAGGAAAUACAAAAAGAUUUGAUUCAAGUUUUAGAUAAAUUAAGUGCAUCUGAAUCCUUGCGUAAAAUGUGGAAAUUAAGUAAGAAAAAUGAAUUAGUCGACGACUAUGAUGUACCCGAAGAUGGUCAUAUUUCUAAUCUAAAUUAUCAAGGACAAGAUCAACAGCAACAAACAAAUCUUGAUAAUAUUAAACAACUCAUACAAGGAUUUGAAGAUUCAAAAUUUGAACAAGGUCAAAUAAUUGGCAAUUCAACAUUACACAAAUUGGGUAUUCGUCUUGACAAUCUUUUAUCGAAUUAUGAAAAUGAUUUGAAUUCAGCUAUCGACGAUGAUAAUGACGACGCGAAAGGCAAUUCAGAAACAGAUCCAUCAACACCCCCAGCAGUACGGCGAACAACUGCCAAUCGAGAUGUGACUUUAGAAAUUGAUGAUCAAGGAGUAGUGAAAAAUAUCGAAUCAGAAAAACCGUUACCAAAAGGAGACAUCAAACCACGCGGUACUAUCUAUGUUCAAGUUGGAAAGAAUAUUGAUGAAAGUCCAGGAACAACUGACACGAAACCUAAAGAAGAUAGUUCAAAAACAACUAUCACGAAAGAACAAUUAGAAAAGUUCCAAAAAAUUUCCGCUGAUAAGUUUGAAAAUCUUUUACAAUCCGUCAAUAAAUAUGACAUUGGUAAGAUCAGUGAAAAUUGUCGACCAGAAGAUUUACCAGAUACUAAAUUACAUAAGCCACGAUAUGCUCUAUUAGCUCGUCUUACACGAAAUAUUCAACUUAUGCUAUUGACUCGUUUACGUUCAGCAUUAAAAAAUCAAUACAGAAAACAACAACAACAAUUCGAUCAAACAAUGUCCGAUGAUGAUCUACAAUUUGAAUUUGUAUUUUGUGUUGAUAAUAGUGGAAGUAUGAGUGGAAGAAAAAUACGUGAAGCAUUAAAUACAUUAGUAAUUCUCAUGGAAACAUUUCAUCGUCUCGAAUGGAAAUUUGCUGUUAUUCGAUUUGGUGCUGAACAAAAAAUUCUUAAACCACUUGGACAUCAAUCAAUGCAUGAUACAGUUCAAGUAUCAAAAUCUGAUAUAACAAGCCUUCAGCAAAGAUUAGUCGCACGUGGACAAUACAUUCUUGAAUCAUUUACUACCGAUGAAAAGACAUUACCAGCAACAGCAUUAAAACAAAUAGCUGAAAAUGAAGAUUUAUUUGGUAAUAAAAUCAAACCAAAUGUUAAACGUUUUAUUAUUAUGAUUACUGAUGGCAUUUCAUCUCAAACCGAUACUGACUUAUUUACACGAGAAUUAGGAAAAGCUAAAGCUGAUCUCUACAUGGUUUGCAUCAUACCUGAAAUACCAAAAGCGGAUGAUACAAAAUUUUCAAACGAAUAUAAACAAUUUGCUAUUGAACACGAGAAAAAAGCCAAAGAAUUCAUACAGCGUAUAGCACCAGGUCGAAAUCAACUUAUUGAAAUAGGACAAUUGGAUACUCUAACGAAAACCGUUGUUGAUGAUCUGUUCAAUAUUAUAGAACAAUCGAUUCUUGCUCAUACCAAUCGAUUGGCUGUUAGUCAAACAACGACAACAUCUCCUGCUAGUAAAUUCUAUCGAUUAAAUGCAUUUACUUUAUCCGAUGUAAGAAAUAUUGAAUUAUGGACACAUCCUGAAAUCACCUAUACUGGUCAAAUGUAUGUAAAUGAUUUUCGAAAAAAACUCGAACAACAAACACUUCAACAACAAAUGGAUAUUGAUUUUUCGGUUGCUUCAAAUGAAUUUAUCGACAAUUUCGAUGAAACUAUGGAUAAACUCGAAAAAAGUUAUUCAAACUUAGAAACACAUGAUACAAUACUGUCACAUACGGAUAAAAUUCUUCAACAAAUUGAGCAACAACUCGAAACUUAUGUUGGUGAAUUAGUACGAACUAUGGAAGAUUAUAUUCUUCCAGCGUAUAAACCAACACAAUCAUUGCCGGAUACACGUGGAAAUCGUUUAUACAUUCCAGGUAUCGUAAAAUUCAUUUGUACACAAGGACAAUACAAUCGAAUUUAUUUAAAUCAAAUUGGUUCACAAAAACCAGAAUAUCGUAUUGCUCUUCUUCUCGAUCAAUCUGUUUCAAUGACUGGACCAACCUAUUUUUCAUCAGUUGAUAUUUUACUUUCAAUGUGUGCAGCAUUGAAUAAAAUUGGUAUUGAAGAUUUCAGUGUUUUAACAUUUGGAAAACAAAUUGAAUUGAUAAAAAGUUACAAACAAAAUUACGAUCGAAUAUUUCUUCACCAUCUUUUAAAUGCAUUAAAAAUUGAUGGUGAAACAACUUUAUUGAGUGAUGCUAUUUUUGCUGCAUCCGAAUUAUUACAACAGCAAUCGUCACAUAAUAAUAAUCAUGGACCAAUGUUUAUUUUUGUUUUAACUGAUGGUUAUGAUAAACGUGGAAGUUUCAUACAUCGUAUUAUUGCUUAUGCUGAACAACGUUCAAUUACUGUUAUUGGUAUUGGUAUUGGCUUUGAAUCGAAUGGUGUAUGUUUGUCAUUCAAUGAUUGGAUCAUUGCACAAAAUCCACGUUUACUUUGCGAUGCACUUAUCAAUUGGUCGAAUGAACAAAGUGAUGGACAAACACCUUACGAUUCAUAUCAUGCCGAUAAGACUACGACAAUUCAUGGAGAAGACAAUCAAAUGUUUUCAUCUACAGAUGACAUAUGGAAUCAAGAAAUGAAAACACAUUUUGAUGCGAUUACACAAAACGCAAAACGUGCAAUUGAUUUAACAUUUUCAAGUACUGUUCAUAAUUCACCAUUGACGGUUGAAAUUUGUUUCGUAAUGGAUUGUACUGGUUCAAUGGGAAGUUGGAUUCAAGCAUGUAAACAACAUAUUAAAGCUAUUGCGGAUGGUAUACAAAAAGAAAUGAAAGAAAAAUAUGACAAGGAUAGUAUUCUACGUAUGGCAUUUGUUGCUUAUCGUGACUACGGUGAUUCGGAUCGUUUUGAUUCGAUUGAUUUUCAUCAAACACCUAAUCUCGGACCAGUCGAAGCUAAGAUUGCUAGUCAACAAGCUAGUGGUGGUGCUGAUCUAUGUGAAGAUGUUCAAGGUGGAUUAGAUAAAGCAUUAAAAUUGAAUUGGACAAAUGAUAAUAGUUCACGUGCAGCACAGAUUUUAGUAUGGGUCGGUGAUUGUCCUGGGCAUACACCAUUUUGUCAUAACGGAGGUUCCGGUUGGGAUAGCUAUCUUGGUGGCUUACCAGAUGUUCCAUUAAUGACAGAUCUCAUCAAUGAUAUCAAAAAACGUGGAAUUUUUCUUUUAUUAUCUGACUUUACUGAUUACGUUAAAACAAUGAUAGAAAACAUCGAAAAAAUCUAUAGAGAUGAUAAAAAAGAAAAUCAAGUUCGACGAGUCAAAUUGAAUCAAGCCGACACAUCAUCAUUAUUAAAUGGGGUUAUGCAACAAGUAAACACAAUUAUUGCCAGCGAAUUCAUGUAA